AUAAAAAAUGUCUGUUACUAAAUCAAAAAGACCUCGUUAUAAUUCUGAAAUUCGUCAGAAUUUGUAUUGGAGAUGCUUUUGAACGAUGGAGACGGCUGAAAACGGAGAAGAAUUUGAACACAGACGCCAACGUUGCUAAUUUUCUCCUGGACAGCACCUCAACACCCAGUAAGAGAAACUUGAAGAAACACCACCUGACUGCACCAUCACUUUCCAGUAUCGUAUGUGCAUCAUCUGAAACACUUUCUAAUCGCUACACCAUUUACAGAGAGGACCUGUCGCCUAUUGAGGAAAGACUGGAAGAUGAUGAGCGCACCAUGGAUGCCUCUGAGGUUCUGGAGGAAAGUCUACAGAACAUGAGCAUCCAGGAUGCUGAAACCCAGGUCAUGAAUGAGCAGGAGAUAAAUGAUCUAAUGAACAGUGUAAUUGAUUGGGGGGACAGUGAAGGUGUUAGUAAUGAGGAGAUUGAAGCAGAUGACAGUGAAGAAGAGGACUAUGUCCCUCGUAUUUGUAUUCGGUUGGGUGGAGCAUUGCAGGCACCACCAUGCAUUGAUAAUCUGCCUGUGAUAGAUGCCAGUGAGACAGUACAUGACAUCCCGGAUGUAGAGCCUCCAUCAGUCACCUUACCUACACUUCAACAACCUGGCUUUCCUGAUACACUGGAGGUCAUGACUGAAGAUGACCUAAUCGGGAAACGGGCCUCCAUCACUUAUGAGGACUGUUUGAGGCAGCUUGCAACAUUACUUGUGCUUCCGGUCCAAAAGUGCCCAUACACAUGUGACGUCAGUAAAAUGGAGUGUCAGUGUCGCCCUCCAUUUGAAGUUUCCAUUACACGCAGGGGUACUGCAAGCAUCAUGGAAUGGACCUGCCUUGUUGGCCACACUGUAUGGAGAUGGAGCUCACAGCCCACUUUGAGGUACGGGAUGCUAGCAGGGGACUUUAUGUUGGCAAGCAACAUACUACUCUCCGGAAGCAACUACGCCAAAGUCUCGCUUCUGUUCCAGUUUAUGAACAUGGGGAUGGUGGACCGUAGUUCAUUUUUCACAAUUCAGGACACAUACGGUGUAGACACUGUGAAGGAGUUUUGGGAAGAGAGGAGGGCUGAGGCAUUAAAUCGGCUAAAAGACAGAGAUGUGGUAAUAGUAGCGGAUGGAAGAAUGGACAGUCCUGGACAUUGCGCCCAGUACUGUACAUACACUGCCAUGGAGAACGAAUCCAGGGAAAUCAUCUCUGUCAUCAUUGUGGACAAAAGGGAGACUGGGCGAAAUUCUGUGAUCAUGGAGAGAGAGGCAUUUGUGCGGACAGUCGACACUCUUUUGAAUGAAGUGAAACUAGUAGAGGUCUGCACUGAUGCCCAUGUCCAGAUCUCCGCACUAAUGAACAAAGGAAAGUACAAAGACCUUGGGCUGCAGCACAGCUUGGAUAUGUGGCAUGGGGCCAAGAAUUUGGCAAAAAGGAUCCAUGCUGCUUCACAGGUCAAGGGUCAGUCCAGUUUGAGCAGUUGGCUAAAAGACAUUGUCAACCACUUUUGGUGGUGCUGCAAAACAGCAGAUUCUUACCAAGAGUUCCUUGAGCUGUGGCUUGGUCUCCUACAUCAUGUGACAAAUGAACACAGGUGGGUCCUGGGAAGCUGCCAGCAUGCAGACUUAGAAUCUGGUGGAACUCAACAGUGGCUUGAGCGAGGCUCCAUGGCACAUGAGGCCCUGAAGAGCAUCGUUAGCGGUGGCUUAAUGAGGUCCACAAAUAUCUAAAUUUUAGGUCCACUGCUGAUCUGGAGUCCUUCCAGAACCAUAUUUUAAUGUACGCUAGCAAGCGCACAGCAUUUAGCCCUCCUGUCUUUGAGGCCAGGAUGCUCCUUGCAGCGAUGGACUAUAAUUACCACAAGGACCGCCCAGAGUUGUGUAAAUCUGAUGGAAGCAAACAGUACAGGAGGCUGUACAAGAAGAAUGCUCGCAGGUAUAUGCUAUACACUCGGAAGACAUCCAAGACGUAUGGCUACAUCCCAGAACUGCAAGCUAUGAUCCUUCAAAAGAGAUUAGCUGGUAAGGGGAUGCCCAGACGGAGGACACUAC